AAUAGUUUUUGCAUGUAUAUAAUUCAGUUAUUAUGUAUGAAAAUUUGUAUAGCUAUAUAUAUAUAUAGCUCAUGCUUUUUUUUUCAUAAACUUCAUACAUACCGAAAGCCGAGAAAAUAACAAUGGAGUCACAAAUUUUUUUGGUAAUGGUAGGAAUAAUAUUAGGGUUAGGGAUGGUGGUAAAAGUAGAAGGAAGAUCUCCAGUGUUGCAUGAGGUUGGAGGAGGUAGGUUUGGUUGGAGGCUUAAUGUCAACUUUUCUAAUUGGGCUGCUAAUCAACAUUUUUAUGUUGGUGAUUGGCUUUAUUUUGGGUUUGACAAGAGGAUUAUAAGUGUACUAGAGGUGAACCAAACAAAUUACAAAAAUUGCAUAGAGAAAGACUACAUAACCAACAUAACAAGAGGAGGAAGAGAUGUAUUUAAUCUAACGGUUGCUAGGCCUUACUAUUUCAUCAGCGGUCGAGGUUACUGCUUACGUGGCAUCAAACUUGCAAUCAACGUUCAAGAUGCUCCAUUGCAUCCUACACUCCCUCCUAUGUCUUCUGAUUCACUCACCAAAACAAGCCCUAAUUCUACUUUCAUCACUUCUCAUGCCACCACCAACACCACCUAUUAUCGACUGUUCGAUCAUUUUCUCAUCAUGAUCAUUGUCAUCAUCGUGUUUGUAGUACCUAAUCAGCCCUUUGCUAAUUAGUAAUACAGUAUUCCAUCCGUCUGAAAUUAAUUGUCAUAUUAAUAACGUGAUUAACCUGACUAGUAAUGUCGUGUAUUUAUUAAAUUCGUGUUUCUUAGAUAUUAUUUGAGGAUUUGAGUAGGGUACACUCGAUUUGCUUGUUUGGUGUUUUA